UGUGUCAGAGGAGGUUGAGCUGUCUACUGUGAGGUUUAUAGAGUAGCAGACAGGGGUGCUGUCCUACAACGAGGGAAUAGAAGAGACUCUGACAAUGAACAAAAGUAGACAGUAAGAGAGAGAGACAGAAAGACAGAGAUUGAAAGAAAGUCUACAUGCAGCCAGCCUGGGACAGCUGGCCCUAUAGAGAGACAGACGUUGGACUCUAGCACUCAUUUCCUCUCUGCUCCACUGCAAGCCCAACUCCUUCAGCUCACCACUGCAUCAGGAGAGUCAGCCCAUGUGGAGAGGGAACCAGUUUCUUUUUUUCAGACACAGCAUCUAGGUCCUGAGGCAAGGAGAACUGAAGCAGAGUCCUGCAGAAUUGCUGGAGGAGGAAACAUUGCAGUAACAACUUAGAGUGUCUGUGUGAUUAUGGAUGACUCCAGCCGUCAUUUUGAGUAGAGCGUCUUCCUCCAUCAUGGUACAGCAAAGGGGACACAAAUACCCAGCAGUUAUGGACAGUGAUAUGAGCCAAGAGGUUUUCUUGGGACUGGGUGCAGAUGACAGGGAGGAGAUUUUUGGACGGUUGCCCUCCAACAAAGACCCCAACUGGUGCAAGACUCCCACGGGUCACAUCAAGAGGCCCAUGAAUGCAUUCAUGGUCUGGUCGCAGAUCGAGAGACGGAAGAUCAUGGAACAGUGGCCAGACAUGCACAAUGCAGAGAUCUCCAAACGCCUAGGCAAGCGCUGGAAACUCCUCCCCGACUAUGAGAAGAUCCCCUUCAUCAAGGAAGCGGAGAGGCUCCGGCUAAAGCACAUGGCCGACUACCCCGACUACAAGUACAGGCCCCGGAAGAAGAGCAAGAGUUCCAUUCCCGUGCGGGUUGGGGACAAGGUCCCCUUGAAGACAAGCAAGUCCCACCAGGGUGGUCGCGCAUCUGCUUCCGCAACCUCCACCGCCACCAGCAGAGGGCUCAAGAUACGAAUCCCUUCCUCCAAACACAGAGCCAGCUUCGACAGCAAUAAGUUCAAAGGUUACGAUGAGGGCAUCAGCGAUGAUGACACAGUGGAUGUAGAGUUGGCCAGUCCGAUGACGAGCCAGCCAGGAGGGCAUAGGCCAGCCGUGGGUGUCUUCCACCACCAGCAGGCUGCCAUGACCCCCGGUGCGCAGCAGACUCAGCUUGCAGCCCAGCUCAGAGUCAAAGUGUCGACCACCACCUCCAAGCUGCCUGUGGGCCUCUCCUCUGGGUCUCCAGUACCCCACAGCCUCCCAGAGUCAUCCCCCAGGGUGUCCUCUUCCUCGGAGCCUCUGGCUCCCUUCUCCUCCACCGGCCGCUCCUCCACCGGCCGUUCCUCCACCCCCACCUCCACCAGCUCCUCCUCCUUCGUGUCGUCGGCCUCCUCCGACGAGGAGCUGGACGAGGAGAUUUUGCAUAUUAUCUCCAACGCCAACUUCGACACCAUGCCUAUGGACUGCUCCACUCUGGACAAAGACUUUGACGCUACAUUUCACACCAACUCAGGAUCCCACUUCGAUUUCCCUGAUUACUGCACCCCGGAAGUGAAUGAGAUGAUAUCCGGGGACUUGCUGGUGCCCAGUAUCUCUGACCUGGUGUUCACCUACUGAGGCCCAGCAUGCCUCUACAGGAUUCUGGCUUACUGGAAGAAUAUAUACUAUUCAUAAAAGCCUGUGGUUUUUUUGGUUAUAUUAUAAAUUGGACACUUUAUUUUGUAUUUUCUCAAUCAAGUCCGUAAGUGCUAAUUCUUCACUUUUCCCAGUAUGCCACAUCCUGAGGGUCUGGUUUACAAACAGUGAAAGGUUGCUCACAUCAAGCCUUUUAUCAGAGUUCAAAUAUUCAGGCACUGAACAGAUAUGUUCUUAGUAGAGGGAUAAUAGCGCUUUCAACAGUAAACUUAUUCAGUAUUUUUUCUUCAGUUUUAACCGGAGCAUGUACAGUAGCAUUUACAUGUCUUUCAUAUGCAUUUGUUCUAUAUGAAGCAGCAUAACAACCAUGUUCUGACAUAAUCAACCAAACUCAAGGCAGCAAAUGCAGAUUCAAAUCAAAAAAUGCAUGUUAUCAACAAAUCAUCUGUAAAUAUCAAAGGGUAAAAAGGGAGAUCAUGUGAGGAAUAGUCCUUAUGUUGCAGCUAAUAGUCCUUAUGUUGCAGCUAAUAGGAAUCUGCAGCACUUGUCAUCAGGCUUUUACAGUAGCAUCAGUUAAAGCAUAGGCUCUCUCCAGGAGAGAAAUCCGCCGCAUACUCUGUAAUUAGGUAACAGCACUUUCAUCGCCUUGCUAAUAGUGCAGACUCCAAGACAUGGAGUUAAUGUAAACACAAGCCUUGUGUGUGUGCCUGAUUAAUUCCAGACAGUUGUGUGACUGUAACGGUGGAAGGUGGUUAGAGAGUAGGGCUAAGUACUGGAGGGGGAAGA